AUGCCAUUGAUACACACCAUUACGGGGAAACCAAACGAAAGAUGUCCCUCGCCGGUGGUGCCCGCCUAUGCGAAUUUUGAGCUGGCCAAGCGUAUGCAUCAAACAAACUUGGAUCAUCAACCGCUGCCAGACUGUGUUGCCGAUCUCGCCUUUCGUAAAUUGCAAAUAGCUGGAGAUAAUAUUCCUGCCGGCCUAGGCCUAGAGAUAGAUCCAAUAGCAAGUGGUGUGGGAGUUAAGACACAUAACGCAGGACCCACUCAUUGCACCAAAAUGAAGGUAUAUCGCCCCCAAACUUCUGGUGUGGUGCCCCGCCCGUAUAACAGUGAUAAUUCCCGCUCUUAUUCAGCUGCUCCGGGCAAAGAAAUGGGUGCCAUGGAUUUGGCAAUUUGCUGGGACUAUAAGCCAGCCCAGGAACCUGCCAGACCGCGUCACAUAGAUGGCUCCAAUGAUUCGGCCGGCCCCGCUGUAUUUAAUUUUGUUAAGAGCCCCCGUGAAGAUGCAGCCCCAAAUACAGGGCGAUCGGCGGGCGUUUUCACCAGUACUCUAGGCGAACCGGGAUUUUUCGACAAGGAUAUAAUGAGACGAAAGACUGAUUUCGGAGGCCACCGUAUAGAAACGGAAGAAGAUCUUAACCUCUGUCGUCCCAUGCCCAGAGCCAGAAGUGUUUCGCGAGAAAAUAGUGCCUGUCAAAGACUUCAUCGUCUUACCAAACAGUUUCAGUCAAGUCCCGACAUUGCGGAUCAUGAUUACAAGGCUCUACGAGAGAAAUAUCUGGGACCUGGUUGCGACUUUGAGGCACCUAUGGAACCCGGCUGUAAGCGAGGAGGGUUUUUUAAAAGAGCCCGUUCACGGCUAUGCCAUAAAAUUGCUCCCGAUCCUGGCUGCUAUCCCAAACACUGUGCCGAGAGGCGCGUGCCCUGCAGCAAAGCGGCAUUUCGUGCGGGAGUACCAAGAUUCGAUGCCGCCGGCCAUUUCAUAAGUACGGACAGUGGCUGCAGUAUGGGCAGCCACCAUGCGCCGCAUCAACGUGUACUGGUCGUACCAAGACCCCGCAAUCCCUACGCCAAGAAAAACUAUGACAUUGACACUCUUGUGCCUCCAUUCAAAAGUUAUGCAGGCGGUGCCGGCGAAGGUGGUUAUCCCGAACAUUGGCGCCUAGCCAGUGUCUACCAGCACGCCUACAAGCCCAUACAGAGUCGCAGAAAGCCUCUUAUUCAGACGGUGUACAAGUGA